CGGUGAGUCCCUCGCCCGCUCACAGCCGCUCCCGCCUAGCUUGUCAUUUUCACCCACUCGCUGCAUUCUUCCGCGGGAUUCACUGGGAUCUUGUUGCAUUGCUGAUGUAAGCUCUCCUUCCAGCAGGACAGCUCUUGCCCAUCUCCAUCUCCCCGGGAACAGCCAAAGGGGGGUGUGGAGUGAUAAAAAUUUAUGUUUUCAUCAAACCGGGCCAAGGAGAAUGGGGGUCCCACACCCAAAAGAAUGAAGACACGACAGAACAAGGACUCGAUGUCAAUGCGGAGUGGACGGAAGAAAGAGACUCCAGGGCCCCGCGAGGAGCUCAGGUCACGGGGUCGAGCUUCCCCCGGUGGUGUCAGCACUUCCAGCAGUGAUGGCAAGGCUGAGAAAUCCCGACAAGCAACGAAGAAGGGCCGGGUGGAAGAAUCCUGCACCCCCAAGGGCAGUAAGCAGGGCCGAACAGAAGAGAUCUCAGAAAGCGAAGGGGAGGACACCAGCGCUCCCAAAAAACCCAAAACUGAGGAGUUGCCCUGUCCUCCAUCCCCAUCCGAUGUUGACAGCCUUGAUGGCCACAGCUUCAAUGAUGAGAUGAGCAGUGACCCACGGGAUAUUGACCAGGAUAACAGGAGCACCUCUCCCAGUGUCUACAGCCCUGGAAGUGUGGAGAAUGACUCUGACUCCUCCUCUGUGCUGUCCCAGGGGCCAUCUCACUCCUACCACCACCCUCCGCUCUUCCCCCAGAGCCCGCCAGUAGCUCCCCCUCCUGACAGCCUGGCCCGUCCACCAGAGCCCAACUUUGGGCUCCCGGGUGAGGUGCACCCCCAGGGACCCCCUGCCAGUAGUUACCACUCCCAGCUGGAGGGCCAAGCCUCCCGCAUUUUCCAGGCUCAAGCCCCGCAGACACCUGCUUCCUCCUCUUCCUCCUCUGCUGUUGCUGCCCCUUCUGCUCCCGCUUCCUCCUCCUCCUCUUCCUCCUCCUCCUCCUCUUCUUCCUCCUCUUCCACCCAUGCUUCUCUUUACCCUACAGCCAAUGUGGUCCAGGUUGGGGCCAAAACUGCUGGUGGAGUAGGGGGGCUCUCUGCACCAGGAGGUCGUGAGCAGACUCUCGGCGCCAAGCACAAUCCACCACCCACCACCCCCAUCUCGCUGGCGUCAGUGGUCGGGGGGCUCCCCGCUCAGAAGACGCCCCCGGCCAACCCUCCGGCUGCCCCCCCAGCUUCUGCCCCUACCUUCCCUCAUGUCUCUGCCAAUCUGCCUCCCCCGCCAGCUUUACGCCCCCUCAACAACACGGUGGCCGCCUCCAGCUCCCCGGGGAUGGUGGGGCAGCCCCUAAGCAGCCACCUCCCCUCACCCCAUGGCAUGGGGCAGGACAAGGCCCCAGCCCUGGCCCCCUCCCGCUACCCUUAUGCCCCGCCGCCCCUGCCGCCCUCCAGCUCCUCAGCCCAGUAUCCCCAGCCCUCCCCAGCCCAGCCCCUGCCCAGUUACAGUGCCUCCUAUGGCCACUCCUUCCCCCCGCCCGGCGGCCUCUCCGUCUCCAGCCAGCCCCCCAAGUACACCCAGCCCUCCCUACCCUCACAGCCUGUCUGGAGCCAGGGACCACCGCCCUACAGCCGCCCCCUGGGCAAUGCCAGCUCCCACCCAGCCGCCCCCUUCCCUGGACAGUCCCCUCACCACCAGCAGCCACCCCAGCAGCAUCACCACGGCCACGGGAGCAGUGGGGGGGUCUCCCCAGCAGCCACCGCGCCCCCCCAGCCCCCUGGGAGUUACCCCCAUGGCCUGGAGUCAAGCAGCCAUCACCCUCCCCAUGCCACCUACGGGCUGCGCCUCUAUGCCCCUCACAGCCAGGCUGCUUACAGCCAGGCUCCUUCGGCCUCCACUGCCACUGCCGCCCCCUCUUCCUCUUCUUCUUCCUCUUCCUCCUCCUCUUCCUCCUCUUCCUCCUCUUCUUCCUCCUCUUCCUCCUCUUCCUCCUCAUCUUCCUCUGUAGCCUCUUCGCAGGGAAGCUACCCCGGCAUGUGUGCUCACCCCCCAGGGCAGAGUCCUGCCACCUACACCUUUCCUCCACCACCACCCCCCUCCCCUGCUCAUGGGGCUGGCCCUCCAGUUACCUCCGCUGCCACCACCCUCUCCACAGUCAUUGCCACCAUGGCCUCCCCCUCUGCUGCCCCCUACAAGACUGUCUCACCCCCAGUACCCCCCUCAGCUGUGACUCCUUAUGGGAAGCGAGCAGCCUCUCCCAUCUCCACCUUCCAGCCCCCAGCCCCCUACAAGCCAGGCUCGCCCCCCUCUUCCUCGGCCGCCCCUUUCCGGGCAGCCACUCCUCCCAGCUACCGGGUGGCCUCCUCCCCUGUGGCAGGGGGCUACAAAGCCCCCUCGCCCGCCUCCUCUGCCCCGCCACCACUGCCAGGAAGCAUGGCCGCUCCAGCCCCCCCCCCACUCCCCCUCAGUGCCACACAGAUCAAGCAGGAGCCAUCAGAGGAGUACGAGCCCCCCGAGAGUCCCGUGCCACCAACUCGCAGCCCCUCACCACCCCCCAAGGUGGUGGACGUGCCAAGCCAUGCCAGCCAGUCGGCCAGAUUCAACAAACACCUGGACCGUGGCUUCAACUCCUGCUCCCGCACGGACCUGUACUUUGUACCCCUCGAUGGUUCCAAGCUGGCCAAGAAAAGGGCAGACUUGGUGGAGAAAGUGCGGCGAGAGGCUGAGCAGAAGGCACGGGAAGAGAAGGAGCGGGAACGAGAACGGGAGCGAGAGAAGGAACGGGAGAGGGAGAAAGAGCGGGAGUUGGAGAGGAGUGUGAAGAUGGCCCAGGAGGGCCGGCCGGUGGAGUGCUCAUCCCUUGGGCCAGUUCCCCACCGCCCCUCCUUUGAGCAGGGCAGUGCCGUAGCAACUGUUCCCCCAUACCUGGGGCCCGAUACCCCAGCUCUGCGCACCCUCAGUGAAUAUGCACGGCCGCACGUCAUGUCCCCCAGCAACCGCAACCACCCUUUCUAUGUGCCGCUGGGCGCGGUCGACCCAGGCUUGCUGGGGUACAACGUGCCGGCCAUCUACAGCAGCGAUCCAGCAACACGGGAGCGAGAGCUGAGGGAGCGGGAAGCCCGUGAACGAGACCUGAGGGACCGUGACCUGCGUGAACGUCUCAAGCCCGGCUUUGAAGUCAAGCCGGCUGAGUUGGAGCAGCUCCAUGCCGUGCCAGCCGCUGCCAUGGAUCCGUUCCCACGCCAUGGCGGGCUGAGUCUGCAGACAGCCCCCGGCCUUCAUCCCGCUUUUCCCUUCCACCCAGGGCUGGGUCACUUGGAGCGGGAGAGGCUGGCACUGGCAGCCGGCCCAACCCUUCGUCCCGACAUGUCCUACGCCGAGCGCUUGGCAGCUGAGCGCCAGCACGCCGAGCGGGUAGCUGCUCUCAGCAAUGACCCGCUGGCCCGCCUGCAGAUGCUCAAUGUGACACCUCAUCACCAUCAGCAUUCCCACAUCCACUCCCACCUCCAUCUCCAUCAGCAGGAUGCCAUACAUGCAGCCUCAGCCUCUGUUCACCCUCUUAUUGACCCACUCGCCUCGGGAUCACACCUCACACGGAUACCAUACCCAGCUGGAACCAUCCCCAACCCUCUCUUGCCUCACCCUCUACAUGAGAAUGAAGUGCUGCGCCACCAGCUUUUUGCUGCACCCUACAGGGACCUGCCGGGCUCUCUCUCCGCACCCAUGUCAGCAGCACAUCAGCUGCAGGCCAUGCACGCGCAGUCAGCUGAGCUGCAGCGCCUGGCUCUGGAGCAGCAGCAGUGGCUUCAUGCCCAUCACCCACUGCACGGCGUGCCGCUUCCGACACAGGAGGAUUACUACAGUCACCUGAAGAAAGAAAGUGACAAACCCCUGUAAAUGGACUCCUACUGUCAAUGUGACAUCAUCAUGUCUUACUCUCAAGAGGAGCAAUCAGUCAACCAAAUCCUGGGGAGGGGAAGCUGCAGAGUCACACAUCCUGAUCCCACCAUGCAGUAAGAGUGCAAGAGAAGAUGGAUGAAAAGUACAGGAUGGUAUCCUGGGAGCAGAAGGUGGUAGAGAGAAAUCGGGGAGGGACUGACGAACCACUAAUGGACGUGAAACGAUCGGUACGUGAUUUCAGCAGAGCUCUGAAGAAAACAGAAUCAGCAUUGCACAGAGCUCAAAAAGACAAAGACUGACAUGAAUUAAGAGUGGCAGCAGCUCCAUCCUUUUGUUUUGGGGAAACAGUUGCAUUUAAAAAAAAAAGUGCAGAGCAUUGCAGGACUUCAUGCACACGAUGGUGCUGCCUUUUGUGCUUCUGCAAGGAGGAGCCAAGAAGUAACUCAAAACCCAACAGAGCCUUUUUCCAAUAUGCCUCCUCACACCCCACCCCCUUUUAGGUGUAAGAUACUGUUUAGUGAUACAGAAAAGCAACAUGGAACUUCUUCAGAUUAGCCAGAGCAGCUUCCCAUUCUCCAACAUCCCUUCAGAUGCAAGGAAAGCGUUAUGGGACUUCUUCCAGUGCAGCUGCUCCUGCCUGCCUGCAGAGGGACCGGUACCAGCCAUCGGGGUGCAAAGCACCCCAAGACUGUUUGCAAGAUGGUGGCCACACUUUCCCAGGGCUGAUGGGAAAGGACAUGGCCAUGAGGUGCAAAGCACCAAGAGGCUGUUUUCGAGACUGCAGUGACCACGGUGACCUCUUUGAGCCCAGUGGGGACAGCCAGCAUGGUUGAAGAAUACUGCAUCCUGGGACUGUCUUAAUAAGAUGGCAGCUGCCCCUUUCCCCUCACUCAUAAUUGAUGUACUUUAACUCAUGCACAUCCUAUUAGACGUGGCAGUUUUAUGUAGCAACUUGUGACUCCCUUGCCCCCCCUGCGUGCGUGUCUUAUUUCACAGUUGUAUCUCUCGAUUGGUCCCCAUAUAUAUAUUUACUUAACCAUUAAAAGGAAAACCAACCAACAACCAAGCUAUGGAAAAACACUCAAACCAAGUUUCCCCAUGCACUCCCAAGCCCCAACAUACAAUAAUUUAUAUAUAUAAAUAUAUAUGAAACUCUUAAAAAAGAACAACAACAA